AUGGUUGAGCGUGAGCUUCAAGACGGACUGUUGGAGCGCGGCUACUACGACAACGUCCUCCCUCGGGACCGCAAGAUGAGCGACGGUUUCGUGCAUGCGGGCCCCGCGGCUCAGAACCACGCCGGGGAGCCUGCGCAGACGCAGUGGGCGGAGCAGGCCAGGCGUGCGGGGGCGGCCAGGCUUCAGCACGCCGCGACGAAUCCUCCCCCGAACCGGGCUGGGCCGAACGGUCGGCCUCAUCCGCAGCCGAACGGUGGCUCGGGGCACAACUCCGGCGCCGGGCGGGGGGCGGGAGCCCGUCACCGUCGCCGGGAGUACGACCUCGACGGCGAGCUGUUCGACCGCGGCUUCGAGAUAGACGAGCUUGACUGA